CGCUGGGCGGCGAGAGGAGGCGCCUGGCGCUAACAAAAGUCCGGCCCGCGGGCGAGCUGCGCCGGGCCGCGCGUCUCUGCUGCUGGGUCGGGGCACCCGCAACAAGUGGCCGCCGCGCCCAUCCCCGGGGAAGUGGUGGGCGUGCCAGGGCGCCGGGAAGAGGCGGGCGAUCCGGGGAGUCCGGCCACCCGUGCGGCUCAGCGCCCGCCGCGGGGGGAUCGGGGCGGGCGGAUGGGGACCCGGCGGCGGCGGCGCGGCGAGCCUCUGGGCGGCCCCGGGGCGCGGGCUCUCCGCCGCGUUGCGCCCGCCGGCCGCGAUCGCGGAUUCUAAGAGCGGCGGCGGCUGCCCCCGGCCCCACCCGGAACCAUUGGGGGUGCCAGGAGGGGACCGAGCGCCCCCUCCCAUCGGAGGAGUGCAGGGGCCGCUCGCAGCCGGACCUCGGCCCCGGAGCGCGGGGUAUGCGCGGCUAACGGUCCCGGCGGACGGGCUUUCCUCGGGCGGAGCGCGCGGGCGGUGCGCCCCAGCGAUGGAGUGUCCCGGGAGGCGGCGGGCAUGACGGCGGCAGGAUGGGCGCGAACAAUGGCAAACAGUACGGCAGUGAGGGCAAAGGCAGCUCAAGCAUCUCAUCCGACGUGAGUUCAAGUACAGAUCACACACCCACCCAAGCCCAGAAGAAUGUGGCUACCAGUGAAGACUCCGACCUGAGCAUGCGCACCCUGAGCACGCCCAGCCCAGCCCUGAUAUGUCCACCGAACCUGCCGGGAUUCCAGAAUGGAAGGGGCUCCUCCACCUCCUCGUCCUCCAUCACGGGGGAGACGGUGGCCAUGGUCCACUCGCCGCCCCCGACCCGCCUCACCCACCCGCUCAUCCGGCUGGCCUCCAGGCCGCAGAAGGAGCAGGCCAGCAUCGAGCGGCUCCCGGACCACUGCAUGGUGCACGUCUUCUCCUUCCUGCCCACCAACCAGCUGUGCCGCUGCGCCCGCGUGUGCCGCCGCUGGUACAACCUGGCCUGGGACCCGCGGCUCUGGAGGACUAUCCGCCUGACGGGCGAGACCAUCAACGUGGACCGCGCCCUCAAGGUGCUGACCCGCAGGCUGUGCCAGGACACGCCCAACGUGUGUCUCAUGCUGGAGACCGUGACGGUCAGCGGCUGCCGGCGGCUCACCGACAGGGGCCUCUACACCAUCGCCCAGUGCUGCCCCGAGCUCCGGCGCCUGGAGGUCUCAGGCUGUUACAACAUCUCCAACGAGGCCGUGUUUGACGUGGUGUCCCUCUGCCCCAACCUGGAGCACCUGGACGUGUCAGGGUGCUCCAAAGUGACCUGCAUCAGCUUGACCCGGGAGGCCUCCAUUAAACUGUCCCCCUUGCAUGGCAAACAGAUUUCCAUCCGCUACCUGGACAUGACGGACUGCUUCGUGCUGGAGGACGAGGGCCUGCACACCAUCGCGGCGCACUGCACGCAGCUGACCCACCUGUACCUGCGCCGCUGCGUCCGCCUCACCGACGAGGGCCUGCGCUACCUGAUGAUCUACUGCCCGUCCAUCAAGGAGCUGAGCGUCAGCGACUGCCGCUUCGUCAGCGACUUCGGCCUGCGGGAGAUCGCCAAGCUGGAGGCGCGCCUGCGGUACCUGAGCAUCGCGCACUGCGGCCGGGUCACCGACGUGGGCAUCCGCUAUGUGGCCAAGUACUGCGGCAAGCUGCGCUACCUCAACGCGCGGGGCUGCGAGGGCAUCACGGACCACGGCGUGGAGUACCUCGCCAAGAACUGCACCAAGCUCAAGUCCCUGGACAUCGGCAAGUGCCCCCUGGUCUCGGACACGGGCCUGGAGUGCCUGGCCCUGAACUGCUUCAACCUCAAGCGGCUCAGCCUCAAGUCCUGCGAGAGCAUCACGGGCCAAGGGCUGCAGAUCGUGGCGGCCAACUGCUUCGACCUGCAGCUGCUCAACGUGCAGGACUGCGAGGUGUCGGUGGAGGCCCUGCGCUUCGUGAAACGCCACUGCAAGCGCUGCGUCAUCGAGCACACCAACCCUGCCUUCUUCUGAAGGGACGGCUCCCGGCCCUGCAGGUGCUGCUUUCCUGCAAACAUGAACAGGAGGAAGUGUGUGUGUGUAUGUUUUAAGGCAGCCAUGUAAGCACCGACACCCGCUCAUAACAGCUCUUUCUUCCAGGAAGGUUCUUAGGCAUCUGGCUUGUGUUUUCUUCUACUGUCUCGGGGGCAACAAAGGUCAUGGAAAGGAAGGGGGUGGGGUGGGCGGGACAAAGGUCUUUUGCAGGAAAGGGUUUUGUGGGUCAGGUCAGGUAGUUGGCAAGGAAGUCUCUGUGCUCACAGAAGUUGUACCUCAGAAAGCUGAUUCGAUGGCUUUGGAAGCAUCCCCUUCUGUCUCUGUCUCCUCCUGAUCCCAUUUCCAGGGUCCUACACCCCCACCCCUCAUUUUCUGGCUUCUCUGCUUCCAACAGCAACCAUAACACAUUAUCAGAGUAAUGAUGCUCUCCUCACCCCCUCCCCCUUAAACUGCUUGAUUGGCCUAAGCCACACUCUACAAUCCCACACCCAAGCAAAUCUUGUUAAAUCCAUGCCACAGCGCCUGGUGGGUACAAAGUACUUGCAAACCUGUUUGGAGAAUCUCUUGCAUCAAGCAACAUGGUGCAGGAGGAAAGACCUGCCUUUGCCCCCAACUCUGCUGCCAGUGGGUUCUGUGAUGUCAGGCAAAGCAUCUGACUGCUCUGGGCUUCGGCUGCCAGCAUUAUAUAAGAAGCCAUCCAGCUCCAGGAUUGGCUUCAUGCCCAGGUUAGGACUGAGGGAAUCAAGAUGUCAAUGAACAGAAGUACUUUAGCCUAGAGCAGUGGUCAGCAAACUCAUUAGUCAACAGAGCCAGAUAUUAACAGUACAACGAUUGAAAUCUCUCUUUUGAGAGCCAAAUUUUUUUUAAACUUAA